AUGCGCAUUGACGAACCCGGAACUGAACUCCACAAUAGAGCGGAGCAGCUCUAACAGCUUUUUAAAGGAAGCUUUUUUUUAGCAGAUAUAAAGAUGCAGCUUCACUUCACUAAAGAUGUUUUACCUGACUCUGUCAGCACCGACUUCCAGAACCUGAAUAAAUUCAACGAGCAGCAAUUUCUCCGACUAAUUGAAAUUCUGUUCCAGUUCUUGCUGGAGCCAAAAGAGACGGAGAGGUUCAUGCAGCAGCUCAGUGAGUUUGCAGGGGAACAUGGGAUGAGUGCAGGUCCUCUGAGGAACCUGAUGAAGAGCGUCCUCCUGGUGCCACAGGGAGCCCUGAAGAAAAACCUGCCAGCCGAGCAGAUCAAAGAUGACCUGGUGACUUUAGGAGUGAAUGAAGACAAGGCAGCUCAUUUCUCACAGCAGUGGUGGGAGCACUACGCAGCGCUGACCAGACUCGCCAUCGGGCAGACUCUGAUGGUGAACCAGCUGGUCGACAUGGAGUGGAAAUUUGGAGUGACCGUUGGAACCAGUGAAAUACAGAAAGUGGGGAACAUCUUCCUGCAGCUGAAACUGGUGGUCAGGAAGGGGAAUUCCACAGAGAACGUCUACAUGGAGUUGACACUCCCGCAGUUUUACAACUUCCUACACGAGAUGGAGCGAGCCAAGGCCAGCAUGGAGUGUUUCAGCUGAGUGUGUGUGUGUGUGUGUGUGUGUGUGUGUGUGUGUGUGUGUGUGUGUGUGUGUGUGUGUGUGUGUGUGUGUGUGUGUGUGUGUGUGUGUGUGUGUGUGUGUGUGUGUGUGUGUGUGUGUGUGUGUGUGUGUGUGUGUGUGUGUGUGUGUGUGUGUGUGUGUGUGUGUGUGUGUGUGUGUGUGUGUGUGUGUGUGUGUGUGUGUGUGUGUGUGUGUGUGUGUGUGUGUGUGUGUGUGUGUGUGUGUGUGACUGACUGACUGACUGACUGACUGACUGACUGACUGACUGACUGACUGACUGACUGACUGACUGACUGACUGACUGACUGUGUGUGUGACUGUGUGUGUGUGUGUGACUGUACUGUGUGUGUGUGUGUGUGUGUGUGUGACUGUACUGUGUGUGUGUGUGUGUGUGACUGUGUGUGUGUGAGACUGUACUGUGUGUGACUGUACUGUGUGUGUGUGUGUGUGACUGUAGUGUGUGUGUGUGUGUGUGACUGUACUGUGUGUGUGUGACUGUACAGAGUGUGUGUGUGUGUGUGUGUGUGUGUGUGACUGUACAGAGUGUGUGUGUGACUGUGUGUGUGACUGUACAGAGUGUGUGUGUCUGUGACUGUGUGUGUGACUGUACAGAGUGUGUGUGUGUGUGUGACUACAGAGUGUGUGUGACUGUACAGAGUGUGUGUGACUGUACAGAGUGUGUGUGACUGUGUGUGUGUGUGUGUGUGUGACUGUACAGACUGUGUGUGUGUGUGUGUGUGACUGUACAGAGUGUGUGUGUGUGUGACUGUACAGAGUGUGUGUGUGUGUGUGACUGUACAGAGUGUGUGUGUGUGUGACUGUACAGAGUGUGUGUGUGUGACUGUACAGAGUGUGUGUGUGUGUGACUGUACAGAGUGUGUGUGUGUGUGACUGUACAGAGUGUGUGUGUGUGUGACUGUACAGAGUGUGUGUGUGUGUGUGAAUAUGUCAGGAUGUGGCUGCAGGGUGUGUGUUAUAAUUGUGUAAUUUUCUGUGUGUGGCGCUGACGAGACUGAAGAAAACUGCAAAAAAAAAAUAAUUACCACAAAAAAUGUGUCCUCAUGUUUACUAAUAAACACAACAACAACAACAAAAA